AUGUCGAAAAUCUUCCUCACUGAUCCACAAACAGGCAAGACUUAUCCGGGUGAUGAACACACUGUAACUAAUUUACUUCGAGAAAAUGCAGCGUUGAUUCGAACAAUCAAAGAAUUACAAAAUGAUGGAAACGACGACCAUCUGUUUGAUUAUAUGAAACAAUUACAUCGAAACAUUGUUUGGCUUAGCUCAACAACGGAUGAAUCAUCAACAAGAACUACUCAAUAA